CCCGAGUGAGCAGACGCGCGGCAGCCCCGACAGGAUGAAGGUGCUGGCGGCUGUCCUGCUGGCCCUCCUGCUGUGCGGGCAGCAAGCCUCAGCUUCCUCUUCUGUGAAAUGGACAGGCCAUCCUGACGGCUACGGGCCAGCUGCUGUACAGGGCCAGCGCACAACCCCUACUGUUGCCGAUAAGGACAAUGCCAGGCUACACACAGGCAGAGGGCGGGCGCAGGAGGUCGAGGAUGACGACGUGGACUCUGGGCCCGAAGGCUAUGACGACGAGGAUGACGAGGAGGAUGAGGAGGCCAGCGUGGCUGCAGGCAGCAGCGGCACAGUGCGGCUGCGGUGCUACUCCUGCCAGACUCUGCACAGGGAUGAGAGCUGCGAACAGAUGCAGAGCUGCGCCCUCCCCAAGACGUGCAAAACCAUCGUCUCCCACUGGAAUACUGAGUCAGGUCCCCGGACCACCUACUCGGGGUGGUGUGCAGACACAUGUCAACCCGUCAGCAGGACGGUGGACGGAUCCCUGACGACCAUAUCCUGCUGCCAGGCCAGCCUAUGCAACAUCCCGCCCUGGCAGGACCCCCAGGGGAGUGGGGCAGGUGGCCCCCAGGGUAGACCCUCAACCGCGGCCACCACCCUCCUGCUCAGCCUCCUCGCCGGCCUUCAGGCAGUGGGGGUCUGAGUGGGGGGCGUCCCAUCCCCACCCCCGGCCCGGCUUACACCUGGCUGGCCAGCACUCUGUCCACUGUCUUCCCCUCCCUUCCCCUCCCCUGCCCCACCCCAGCUUUGGAGAAUAAACUGGAAGCGUCUGUAAUGAUCCGGCCAGCACUGGUUCCUCACAGCCACGUCUGCCUUUCCUCCGUUUCCCCAUCUAG